UCCUUAAAAAAAAAUUGAAAUCAUGAAAAAGCUUUAUGCAAAAACAACAUUUUCGAAUAGAAAAUCUAAUAAAAAUAAUAAACAAAUCGUUGAAGAUGUGACAGAUGCGGAUGCUGAUUUAAACCACAAACACAAACCGAUACUUGCUUACCAAACUGCAACGCCGCCACCACAAAUUAUAUCGCCACCGCAUCCUGCUGCUGUUGCGCAAAAUACUUUACAACGCGCAGCCUCGCGUAAAAGUAGUCUUAACUCAUAUAAACAACCAUUUGCUGCUGCUCCUCUAAAUCCCGAUCAAUUAACAUACAUUUUGCCAGCAUCAACAGAUCCAUCAACGCUACUGUAUCGGCAGUUUCAACAGCAACAAGAACUGCAACAUCAGCAACAGGAGGAGGAAUACAAUCAUUAUAUGCAAGAUGAAUCGACUAGGCAUUAUUAUUCCAUUGCUGAGUUGGAAGAUUUAAAUAUGCUUGAUCAUCGCCACCCGAAAUAUCAGCGUCAAUUGCGUUAUAAUCGCGUACCAUAUCAUGAACAUCAAAAACUUGUGUUACAACUUCCCAUGGUUGAAUCAACAUCAUCCUGCUACAAUGAUGAUAAUAAUAACAACAGCAGCACUACUACUCCAACUUCAGAUGGCAUAUCCAAUAAUCAUACAAAUGUUUGCUUUGUAAAUGCAUCUUCGUCAGCAUCAAUAUCAGCGUCAACAAUGAAAACACCAUCAACAACAAAAACAAACAUUACAACAGCAUCGGCAGCAUCGUCAGCAACAUCCUGUUCUUCGCCAAUUUAUGAAGCACCACAAAUUGUCACAUUGCCGGUCAAUAACAUAAACAGAAUAGAAAAUGAUGAAAAUGGUGAUAAUGAUUAUAAUGAUUCUGUUAAUUUUUUGCCCCUAUAUGGUCCGUCGUCGUCUAGCAUGCAUAGUUCAAUGCCCAUAACAACAUCACAUCAGCAUAUAUUACAAGGCGGCUGUAAUAGCAGUAGCGACAGUAGCGGUUACAAUAGCCUCACUAAUCUUUUAGAUGUACGAGAAGGUGGCAAUGUUGCAAGUGACUAUUAUCAGCGUCAACAACAUAAACAGCAGCAACUGAAUUAUCUCCCACAGCGACAUAAUUCGGUCAAAGCGAAUUUUAUUAAUGCCAAUUUUGAACAAAGUAUUAUUGGGGCCCGCGCCUCAGUUAUGGUCUACGAUGAUACCCAAAAGAAAUGGGUACCAUCGGGAAGUUCAUCUGGUCUCAGUAAAGUGCAAAUCUAUCAUCAUCAACAGAAUAAUACAUUUCGUGUUGUUGGUCGAAAAUUGCAUGAUCACGAAGUGGUCAUCAAUUGUUCUAUAGUUAAAGGUCUCAAAUAUAAUCAGGCUACAGCAACAUUUCAUCAAUGGCGCGAUUCAAAAAAUGUUUAUGGCCUAAAUUUUUCAAGCCAACAGGAUGCGGAGGGUUUUGCGCGAGCUAUGAUGCAUGCCUUAGAGGUACUAAGUGGUCGUGUAAUUAAUAAUCCAGGUCAGCCUACAAAUGGUAAUGGUUAUGAGGAAGAUAUGGGAUAUCGCACAAUGACUAGUGAAGAUGCGGCUAUAUUGCGUCAGCAACAAAUUGCUGGUCAAGUAACACCAUCGGCACAAACACCAACCUCACAAGCAAAUCAAAAUAAUAUACCACAAAGCCCACCUACACCACAAGGACAUCAUCGUACUAGCAGAAAUUCCCUUAGCGCUCCACCAGCACCCCAGCCACAACAAAUGUCAAUACCACAACAGCAGCAACAAGCACAACAAUUGUAUGGACAGACUACUAAUGGACCAACACAAAAUGGUAUGCAACAACAGCCACAGACACACAUACCACCUGUACCAGGUCAGACGCAAUAUCAUGCACCACAGCAAUUGCCACAGCAACAGCAGCAACAACAACAGCAACAACAUGCCGUUUAUGCGUCACAACAAAUGAUGAACACCGCAGGAUAUCAACAAAAUCAGUAUCAGCCAACCAGUCAUUACGUCUUAUCAAAUUCUAAUCCAAAUUUAAAUCUACAUCAAUACCCACAACAGCAAGGCGUACCACAACCACCGAUGCCGCCGCCACAUCAAUCGAAUGGACCCAUUUAUGUUUCCACACAAUCACAGUUGCCGCCUGUUGUCGGUGGUGGUUUACCAACAUCAGCCAGUUCCAAUAGUGUCGUAUAUGCCAGUCAACCACAAAUCAUGGCUAAUGUACCCAUACCACCACAACCACCACAGCCACCAGCAAUGCCCAAUGGACCGUCAAUACAAUCCAAUGCAUAUGUUCAGCUAAAUGGUGUACAGAGUCAACAUGAGAGUCCUUAUGGUCAGGUGCCAGUUGCGCCGCCUAUGAUGCAACCACAAGCAAACAGCGUAGGUAGUGUACCCAUGCCACCACCUUUGAAUCGUAUGAGUAGCGGUGGUGGUCAACCUCCUGUUGCACCACCACCACCGUCAUUUGGUGGUGCACCCGUAAAUGCAAAUCCAAUGUUUAAUGGUGGUGCAGUAAAUGCUCCACCACCACCACAACCGCCCGCACCACCAGCACCACCGGCACCGCCUGCUAUGAUGGGUGGACCUGCUGCACCGCCACCUCCACCACCGCCGCCAAUGGGUGGUAUGCCAGCAAAAAAAGAGGAUCCACAAUCUGAAUUGAUGGGUUCAUUAGCAGCGCAACUACAACAAGCUAAGCUCAAGAAAAAUAAGACUGCUCCACCACCUACAGAAAAUAGUGGUAGCAGCACUUCUAGUGGUGGUAGCGGAAAUUACGGAACAAUUGGACCCAGCUCAUCUGGUAUGGCAUCGAUGAUGGAUGAAAUGGCUAAAACACUUGCACGCCGUCGUGCACAGGCAGAGAAGAAAGAACCGGAUGUGGAACCUGAAGUAAAACAACGACCUUGGGAAAAAUCAAAUACUUUACCACAUAAAUUAGGUUCUAAUUCAAAUAAUGCCAGUUCGAAUUCCAAUAGCACAUCGAAUGGGGGAAGCGAAUCACCACGACCUAUGCGUAAACGUUUUGGUAGUGCCAGUGAAGAAACGAUACUUAAGCAGGUCAAUGGAGAUGGCUUAUCAUUGGCAUUAUCUAGUGGCGAUUUAGAUACCCUUAAGGCUGAAAUUGUGCGUGAAAUGCGUCUGGAAAUACAAAAAGUUAAACAAGAAAUCAUAGACGCUAUAAAAUCCGAAUUCAAUAGAAGGAACGAAAUUUGAGGGAGAGGAAGUGAUAAAGAACGAAGGAAUUAAAAGAUAUAAUUAUUUAAAAAAUGAAGUUAUCUCAUAUAUUGUAUACAGUUUGUAAUUUAACUCACAGU